AUGGUCUUUCGCGAGAGGGUUCGGGAGCCGCACUGGCUGGCGCUCUCCGCGCGAGGGCGCGAAGGGACAUCUCACCCUCCGAGCCUCCCCUCCUUCCCCUCCGAAGUGGUUCAGUCCGGGCGCCUGGCCACCUUCCUCCCGCGGGCCUGCCCGGGAAGCCGCAUAGGCCGCGAAAGGGGUCGUCGUCGUCGGGGGCGGCCGCCGCCCGGGAUGCCCCGCGCGUGGCUGUCCCCUUCGGGCGGGCUGCCGCCCGGUCUGUCGCGCUGGUUCCCGCGGCUGGAGGAGCUGGACGUGAGCGGGACGGGGCUGGCGGCGCUGGGCGCGGAGCUGCUCCCGCUCGGCCGCCUCCACACGCUGCUGGCCAAGAACAACCGGCUGGGCGCGGAGGGCUCGCUGCCCAAGGGCCUGGCUGCCUCCCCGCUCGGCCGCUCCCUCCGCGUCCUCAACCUCAGCGGGAACCGCUUCGCCCGCCUGCCCGACGCCCUCCUCGGCCUGCGCGGCCUCCGCAGCCUCAGCCUGGGCAGCAACCGCCUCCACCGCAUCCCCGCCGCCAUCCAGGAGCUCCGCAGUUUAGAGUUUUUGUACCUUGGAGGGAAUUUCAUAACUUCAAUCCCGCCGGAGCUGGCCAACCUGCCUUCGCUAAGUUACCUAGUGCUGUGCGAUAACAAGAUUCAGAGUAUACCCCCUCAGCUGGCCCAGCUGCCUUCCCUGCGUUCUCUUAGCCUCCAUAACAACCUGUUGACCUACCUUCCCCGGGAAAUCCUCAACCUCAUCCACCUCGAGGAGCUUAGCUUGCGUGGGAAUCCUCUGGUCGUGCGGUUUGUCCGCGACCUGACAUACAACCCCCCCAGCCUCCAGGAACUGGCCGGCCGCGCCAUCAAGACCCGCAACAUUCCCUACGUGUCUGGCGAGCUCCCUGAGAAUCUUCUCCGGUACCUGAAUCUGGCCAGCAAUUGCCCCAACCCCAAAUGCGGAGGAGUCUACUUUGACAGCUGUGUCCAACAGAUCAAGUUCGUCGACUUCUGUGGGAAGUACCGCCUUCCGCUGAUGCACUACCUGUGCUCCCCGGAGUGCUCCUCCCCCUACAGCUCCGCCUCCCAGAGUUCCACUUCCCAGAGCGAGUCUGACUCGGAAGACGAAGCCAUCGUCGCCGCGCGCCGCAUGCAGAAGGUUCUGCUGGGGUGAGAGGGGAUGGCAGAAGCCCGGAAGGGAACGGAGUGCGAGAAGAGCAACUGCGGGACGACAGUGUCGGAAGACCCUUUCCAAGGAGCAUCGCGAAACAUUAAGUUGACUUGCCUGCGCUCUUGUCACUCAUGAAAAGAGUAUCUUGACAGAUGUUGAAGUGGUUCCGGUGUUAUGCUGCUGAAGACGCCCAAGUCAUUGUCUGCUUUCGGGGGGAAGGAGGGGAGCUGGCACGGGAACCGUCUGUAAAGAUGUGCAUUACAAGAGUGGGCGGGAGGUAUCGGAGGCCUUGUUAAAAAGGGUGCCUUAGAGCCCUUCACUACUGAGACUGAUACGAAGAGGACCAUUUCUGAAUCACGUCACUGUGAUGAAAUAGUCCCAGGAGGGUGGUGGGUGGGAAUCCCCCAGGGGAAUUGUACUUGAACUCGUGUUUCUUUCCCCCCCCCCAGAAGUGCUUAGUUGUUCUCUCUAUUUAUUUUUUGCCACAAAAACAUAUUAAUUUUCUUAUUCUCUUUGGACCUUGCUGUCUAGGACCAGUGUUCAGUUCUAGAGAGAGAGAGAGCUAUGCCUUCCUUUUUAUAUAUAGCUUUGGGAAUAUCUUUGGUGCCUUGGUCCUGCUCUGCUCGUCUCUUCAUAGGAGCUGCCGCGUCAGCUGUUUGUGACACGUGCCUCUAGCUAUGCAGAC